AUGUCGGUCAUUCUAUGGCCCUACGACGCAGAGAGCGAGCAUCACGCAGCCAGAUUGCUCCUACAGCGAAUCGCAUGCGGCUGGUACUCUGACAAGAUUGACUACUGGCGGGACUUGAUCAGAAGGAAGCACAUGCAUCUGUACUGGAUCGCAUUAGAUGAAGUUCAACCGCCAACGACGCAUGACGGACCUACAAGCAUUGAGCUAAACGCAAUACACGCGGCACAGUAUCCUGGAGAGGCAACACCUCUAUCGGACACUUCACUUAUUGCCGGUGGUGCGCUUCGUCCGACUGGCGCCUCCGGUCACUCGUUUAGUCCCGUUGGACAUAUAGGCCUGUUCACGUAUGAUCCACGAGAAGACUUGCCCGCUCUGCAUCCCACCGGCAAAGUUGUAAAGAUUACAACUUUCUAUAUCAGCACAGCGUUACAGUCGCAGAGAUUAGGCUCAAAGUCGAUGGAUGCGAUCGAGAAGAAAGCAGCGGAGCCACCUUUGAGCGCGCGGACGAUUGUGCUGGACACAAUAGAUCCAAAGCAUUUCGAAUCCAGCGACGACUUUUAUGCCCGAUAUGGCAUGGCUGUGCCGGAGCUGAAAGCCUAUUAUUGGUAUAGGCGACGAGGUUAUAAGCAAUAUAAUUCGAAGCCCUUUUAUUUCCUAAAGGAUACUCAAGGCAACGAUCUGGCGGGAACUGCCGCCUUCUUGCGCAAAGAUUUGCCGACUCCUUCCGCUGAUAUUCUUCUGUGGCCGUUUGAUGCCGAGAGCGAAGAGCACGUCGCACGCCUUUAUCUGCAGCGACAGGAAUGUGGAUGGUACCAUAAGCGGAUAGACGAGUUCAGAGAUGCAGUGCGCAAGAACGCUAUGCAGUUCUUCUGGAUCUCUCUGCCUACAGAUCAUGCGGAUAGGAUUCCCGUCAAUUGCCUAGAUGCUGGUCCUCUGCAAGACUCGGCGGCAAAUCGUAUCGGUAUAGCUGUCAAUCCUGCCCAAAGCAGCUUUUUACCGGUCGGUCAUGUCGCGUUGACGCUAGCGGGUGAUGUCGAUAUCACAGAUCAGCCUCAGCCAGAGAGCGGCAAGGUCGCCAAAGUCUGCUUGCUCUAUAUCGACGCAAAUCUGAGGGGCGGCAAGUUUGGCGCAAAAGCCAUGGCAGCCGUGGAACGAAUCGCUAUCGAGCCGCCUAUCAAGGCCAAGACGCUCGUCCUGGACACGCUGCAUCCGAGUUACUAUCUCCCGGGAAACGACUUCUUCCCCAACAUUGGCUUGCCACUGCCGAAAGUCGACAAUUGUUCUUGGUAUGGCCGACUAGGCUAUGAAGUCUACAUGGAGAGAGCAGUCAGCGCAGGGACCUUUGCGAAUGGCGAGACUCGUACGGCUGAGUCUGUUGUAAUGCGCAAACGAGUCGCUUAG